AUGUGGACAGCGUGGUGUGUGGCUACUCUGUGUGUGGUAGCUGUGUGCGGCAGCCAAGAGACAAACACGGUCCUCAGGGUUACCAAGGAUGUGCUGAGCAAUGCUAUCUCAGGCACACUACAGCAGAGCGAUGCUCUCCACUCCGCCCUGAGAGAGGUGCCCGUGGGUGUUGGUGGUGUCCCCUACAAUGACUUCCAUGUCCGAGAGCGUCCCCCCCAGUACACCAACGGCAAACAGCUUGGUGGAAAUUACAGAUACGGUCACAUUGAGACCAAUGACAAUACUGCCCAGCUGGGGGGCAAAUACCGCUAUGGUGAGAUUCUGGAGUCUGAUGGCAGCAUCAGGGACCUGCGGCGCGGGGAUGACAGCGCCAACACCUAUGGCCACCACCGGGGCUGGUACCGGUCCGCAGAGGGCAGGCUUCACCGACGUGAGCUGCGUCCGGGGCAGAUCCCUCCAGGGGUAGCCACCGGGGCGCUGGGCCCGGGCGGCCUGCUGGGUGCCGGGGGCAUGCUGGCUAACGAGGGGAUCCUGGCGGGCCAAGGCGGCCUGCUCGGCGGAGGCGGUCUCCUUGGGGACGGAGGGCUGCUCGGAGGCGGCGGUGUCCUCGGGGUGCUCGGUGAAGGUGGCCUCCUCAGCACUGUGCAGGGCAUCACAGGGCUGCGCAUCAUGGAGCUGACCCUGCCCCGGGUGUCUGUGAGGCUCCUGCCCGGCGUGGGUGUUUACCUGAACCUGUACACCCGAGUGGCCAUCAGUGGGAAGAGUCUCAUUGGCUUCUUGGACAUCUCAGUGGAAGUGAACAUCUCUGCCAAAGUCCGGCUGACCAUGGACCGCACUGGUUAUCCACGGCUGGUCAUCGAGAGGUGCGACACCCUGCUGGGGGGCAUCAAAGUCAAGCUACUGCGAGGGCUUCUCCCCAACCUCGUGGACAACUUGGUAAACCGAGUCCUGGCCAAUGUGCUCCCUGACUUGCUCUGCCCCAUCGUGGAUGUGGUGCUGGGUCUCAUCAACGACCAGUUGGGUCUCGUGGACUCUCUGAUACCACUGGGCAUCCUGGGAAGUGUGCAGUAUACGUUCUCAAGCCUCCCGUUGGUGACCGGCGAGUUCCUGGAGCUGGACCUCAAUACUCUGGUUUCGGAAGCGGGAGGAGAUCUUAUCGACUACCCCCUGGGCCGGCCUGCUCUAUCGCCCAGGCUGCAGAUGCCAGAGCUGCCCCCCAUGGGCGACAAUACCAACUCCCAGCUGGGCAUCUCGGCUAACUUCCUGGGCAAGGUGCUGACUAUGCUGCAGAAGGAAGGGGCGCUGAACAUUGACAUCACUGACGGCAUGUUUGAUGAGCUUCCCCCACUCACCACGUCCACGCUGGGGGCCCUGAUUCCCAAGGUGUUCCAGCAGUACCCUGAAUCCCGCCCACUCACCAUCAAGAUCCAGGUCCCCAACCCACCAUCAGUGACACUGGAGAAGGACAAGGCACUGGUGAAGGUGUUUGCCACCUCCGAGGUCGUGGUCUCCCAGCCCAAUGAUGUAGAGACCACCAUCUGCCUCAUUGACGUGGACACAGACCUCUUGGCCUCAUUUUCUGUGGAUGGGGAUAAGCUCAUGAUUGAUGCCAAGCUGGACAAGACCAACCUCAACCUCAAAACCUCAAAUGUAGGCAACUUUGAUGUGGGCCUCAUGGAGAUGCUGGUCGAGAAGAUUUUUGACCUGGCAUUUAUGCCUGCAAUGAAUGCUGUGCUGGGUUCUGGGGUCCCUCUCCCCAAAAUCCUCAGCAUCGACUUCAGCAAUGCAGACAUCGAUGUCUUAGAGGACCUCCUGGUGCUCAGCACAUGAGUGACAGAGACAGAGAUGCUGCUGGAAGGAACCAGAACCAGCCCUGGAGCCACCUGGCCUGCACACAGUCCUUGGCACUUCUCUUCAGCCUCCAUGACAGGUCCCCCCAGCCCUCCUGCCCUCUUCCUCACCUGUCCCCACUCUGAAGAGAAUCGCUCCAGCCACUGCUUUGUUGGCGAACACUGGCCUACACAUCAGUCUGCAGGGGGAGGGAGGGGACCUUGGGGACCGAGCUGGAGGACCCAGGUAGUCUGUUACACUUUCAAUAAAGAUUCCACCUU